AUGGUACCAGGUGUGGUAUGGUUACAGGUGUGGUAUGGUAAGCUAUUCCCCUCCUCUCUCUACCCCCCUCCUCUGCUGCAGGCUGAAGUUCCUUCCCUCAGUUCCCUCCCUCAGUUCCUCCCUCAGUUCCUUCCUCAGUUCCCUCCCUCAGUUCCCUCCCUCAGUUCCUCCCUCAGUUCCUUCCCUCAGUUCCUUCCCUCAGUUCCUUCCCUCAGUUCCCUCCCUCAGUUCCUCCUUCAGUUCCUUCCUCAGUUCCCUCCCUCAGUUCCCUCCCUCAGUUCCCUCCCUCAGUUCCCUCCCUCAGUUCUCUCCCUCAGUUCCUCCCUCAGUUCCCUCCCUCAGUUCCUUCCCUCAGUUCCUUCCCUCAGUUCCCUCCCUCAGUUCCAUCCCUCAGUUCCUUCCCUCAGUUCCCUGCCUCAGUUCCCUCCCUCAGUUCCUCCCUCAGUUCCUUCCUCAGUUCCCUCCCUCAGUUCCUUCCUCAGUUCCCUCCCUCAGUUCCCUCCCUCAGUUCCCUCCCUCGUUUCCUCCCUCAGUUCCUUCCCUCAGUUCCCUCCCUCAGUUCCCUGCCUCAGUUCCCUCCCACAGUUCCCUCCCUCAGUUCCUUCCCUCAGUUCCCUCCCUCAGUUCCCUUCCUCAGUUCACUCCCUCAGUUCCUUCCUCAGUUCCUUCCCUCAGUUCCCUCCCUCAGUUCCUUCCUCAGUUCCUUCCCUCAGUUUCUUCCCUCAGUUCCCUUCCUCAGUUCCCUCCCUCAGUUCCUCCCUCAGUUCCUUCCUCAGUUCCCUCCCUCAGCUCCUCCCUCAGUUCCUCCCUCAGUUCCUUCCUCAGUUCCUUCCCUCAGUUCCCUCCCUCACUUCCUCCCUCAGUUCCCUCCCUCAGUUCCUUUCCUCAGUUCCCUCCUUCCGUUCCCUCCUUCAGUUCCCUCCCUCAGUUCCUCCCUCAGUUCCUUCCUCAGUUCCCUCCCUCAGUUCCUUUCCUCAGUUCCCUCCUUCCGUUCCCUCCUUCAGUUCCCUCCCUCAGUUCCUCCCUCAGUUCCUUCCUCAGUUCCCUCCCUCAGUUCCUUCCCUCAGUUUCUCCCUCAGUUCCCUCCCUCAGUUCCUUCCUCAGUUCCCUCCCUCAGUUCCCUCCCUCAGUUCCUCCCUCAGUUCCUUCCCUCAGUUCCCUCCCUCAGUUCCCUCCCUCAGUUCCCUCCCUCAGUUCCUUCCCUCAGUUCCUUCCCUCAGUUCCCUCCCUCAGUUCCUCCCUCAGUUCCUUCCUCAGUUCCCUCCCUCAGCUCCUCCCUCAGUUCCUCCCUCAGUUCCUCCCUCAGUUCCUUCCUCAGUUCCUUCCCUCAGUUCCCUCCCUCAGUUCCUCCCUCAGUUCCUUCCCUCAGUUCCUUUCCUCAGUUCCCUCCCUCAGUUCCCUCCCUCAGUUCCUCCCUCAGUUCCUUCCUCAGUUCCCUCCCUCAGUUCCUUCCUCAGUUCCUUCCCUCAGUUUCUCCCUCAGUUCCCUCCCUCAGUUCCUUCCUCAGUUCCCUCCCUCAGUUCCCUCCCUCAGUUCCUCCCUCAGUUCCUUCCCUCAGUUCCCUCCCUCAGUUCCCUCCCUCAGUUCCCUCCCUCAGUUCCUUCCCUCAGUUCCUUCCCUCAGUUCCCUCCCUCAGUUCCUCCCUCAGCUCCUUCCUCAGUUCCUCCCUCAGUUCCUCCCUCAGUUCCUUCCUCAGUUCCUUCCCUCAGUUCCCUCCCUCAGUUCCUCCCUCAGUUCCUUCCCUCAGUUCCUUUCCUCAGUUCCCUCCCUCAGUUCCCUCCCUCAGUUCCUCCCUCAGUUCCUUCCUCAGUUCCCUCCCUCAGUUCCUUCCUCAGUUCCUUCCCUCAGUUUCUCCCCCAGUUCCCUCCCUCCGUUCCCUCCCUCAGUUCCCUCCCUCAGUUCCUUCCCUCAGUUCCCUCCCUCAGUUCCCUCCCUCAGUUCCCUCCCUCAGUUCCUUCCUCAGUUCCCUCCCUCAGUUUCUUCCUCAGUUCCUUCCCUCAGUUCCCUCCCUCAGUUCCUUCCCUCAGUUCCCUCCCUCAGUUCCCUCCCUCAGUUCCUUCCUCAGUUCCCUCCCUCAGUUCCUCCCUCAGUUCCUUCCUCAGUUCCCUCCCUCAGUUUCUUCCUCAGUUCCUUCCCUCAGUUCCCUCCCUCAGUUCCUUCCCUCAGUUCCCUUCCUCAGUUCCCUCCCUCAGUUCCCUCCCUCAGUUCCCUCCCUCAGUUCCCUUCCUCAGUUCCCUCCCUCAGUUCCUUCCCUCAGUUCCUUCCCUCAGUUCCCUCCCUCAGUUGCUUCCCUCAGUUCCUUCCCUCAGUUCCCUCCCUCAGUUCCCUCCCUCAGUUCCCUCCCUCAGUUCCCUCCCUCAGUUCCCUCCCUCAGUUCCUUCCCUCAGUUCCCUCCCUCAGUUCCCUCCCUCAGUUCCUCCCUCAGUUCCCUCCCUCAGUUCCCUCCCUCAGUUCCCUUCCUCAGUUCCCUCCCUCAGUUCCUUCCCUCAGUUCCUUCCCUCAGUUCCCUCCCUCAGUUCCUUCCCUCAGUUCCUUCCCUCAGUUCCCUCCCUCAGUUCCCUCCCUCAGUUCCCUCCCUCAGUUCCUUCCUUCAGUUCCCUCCCUCAGUUCCCUCCCUCAGUUCCUUCCUCAGUUCCCUCCCUCAGUUCCUCCCUCAGUUCCUUCCUCAGUUCCCUCCCUCAGUUUCUUCCUCAGUUCCUUCCCUCAGUUCCCUGCCUCAGUUCCUUCCCUCAGUUCCCUUCCUCAGUUCCCUCCCUCAGUUCCCUCCCUCAGUUCCCUUCCUCAGUUCCCUCCCUCAGUUCCUUCCCUCAGUUCCUUCCCUCAGUUCCCUCCCUCAGUUCCUUCCCUCAGUUCCUUCCCUCAGUUCCCUCCCUCAGUUCCCUCCCUCAGUUCCCUCCCUCAGUUCCUUCCCUCAGUUCCUUCCCUCAGUUCCCUCCCUCAGUUCCUCCCUCAGUUCCCUCCCUCAGUUUCUUCCCUCAGUUCCUUCCCUCAGUUCCCUUCCUCAGUUCCCUCCCUCAGUUCCUUCCCUCUCUACCUUCCCUCAGUUCCUUCCUCAGUUCCUUCCCUCAGUUCCUUCCCUCAGUUCCCUCCCUCAGUUCCUUCCCUCAGUUCCUUCCCUCAGUUCCCUCCGUCAGUUCCUCCCUCAGUUCCUUCCCUCAGUUCCUUCCCUCAGUUCCCUCCCUCAGUUCCCUCCCUCAGUUCCUCCCUCAGUUCCUUCCCUCAGUUCCCUCCCUCAGUUCCCUCCCUCAGUUCCCUCCCUCAGUUCCUUCCCUCAGUUCCCUCCCUCAGUUUCUUCCUCAGUUCCUUCCCUCAGUUCCCUCCCUCAGUUCCUUCCCUCAGUUCCCUCCCUCAGUUCCCUCCCUCAGUUCCUUCCUCAGUUCCCUCCCUCAGUUCCUCCCUCAGUUCCUUCCUCAGUUCCCUCCCUCAGUUUCUUCCUCAGUUCCUUCCCUCAGUUCCCUGCCUCAGUUCCCUCCCUCAGUUCCCUUCCUCAGUUCCCUUCCUCAGCUCCUCCCUCAGUUCCUCCCUCAGUUCCUCCCUCAGUUCCUUCCUCAGUUCCUUCCCUCAGUUCCCUCCCUCAGUUCCUCCCUCAGUUCCUUCCCUCAGUUCCUUUCCUCAGUUCCCUCCCUCAGUUCCCUCCCUCAGUUCCUCCCUCAGUUCCUUCCUCAGUUCCCUCCCUCAGUUCCUUCCUCAGUUCCUUCCCUCAGUUUCUCCCCCAGUUCCCUCCCUCCGUUCCCUCCCUCAGUUCCCUCCCUCAGUUCCUUCCCUCAGUUCCCUCCCUCAGUUCCCUCCCUCAGUUCCCUCCCUCAGUUCCUUCCUCAGUUCCCUCCCUCAGUUUCUUCCUCAGUUCCUUCCCUCAGUUCCCUCCCUCAGUUCCUUCCCUCAGUUCCCUCCCUCAGUUCCUUCCUCAGUUCCCUCCCUCAGCUCCUCCCUCAGUUCCUCCCUCAGUUCCUCCCUCAGUUCCUUCCUCAGUUCCUUCCCUCAGUUCCCUCCCUCAGUUCCUCCCUCAGUUCCUUCCCUCAGUUCCUUUCCUCAGUUCCCUCCCUCAGUUCCCUCCCUCAGUUCCUCCCUCAGUUCCUUCCUCAGUUCCCUCCCUCAGUUCCUUCCUCAGUUCCUUCCCUCAGUUUCUCCCUCAGUUCCCUCCCUCAGUUCCUUCCUCAGUUCCCUCCCUCAGUUCCCUCCCUCAGUUCCUCCCUCAGUUCCUUCCCUCAGUUCCCUCCCUCAGUUCCCUCCCUCAGUUCCCUCCCUCAGUUCCUUCCCUCAGUUCCUUCCCUCAGUUCCCUCCCUCAGUUCCUCCCUCAGUUCCUUCCUCAGUUCCCUCCCUCAGCUCCUUCCUCAGUUCCUCCCUCAGUUCCUCCCUCAGUUCCUUCCUCAGUUCCCUCCCUCAGUUUCUUCCUCAGUUCCUUCCCUCAGUUCCCUCCCUCAGUUCCUUCCCUCAGUUCCCUCCCUCAGUUCCCUCCCUCAGUUCCUUCCUCAGUUCCCUCCCUCAGUUCCUCCCUCAGUUCCUUCCUCAGUUCCCUCCCUCAGUUUCUUCCUCAGUUCCUUCCCUCAGUUCCCUCCCUCAGUUCCUUCCCUCAGUUCCCUUCCUCAGUUCCCUCCCUCAGUUCCCUCCCUCAGUUCCCUCCCUCAGUUCCCUUCCUCAGUUCCCUCCCUCAGUUCCUUCCCUCAGUUCCUUCCCUCAGUUCCCUCCCUCAGUUCCUUCCCUCAGUUCCUUCCCUCAGUUCCCUCCCUCAGUUCCCUCCCUCAGUUCCCUCCCUCAGUUCCCUCCCUCAGUUCCCUCCCUCAGUUCCUUCCCUCAGUUCCCUCCCUCAGUUCCUUCCUCAGUUCCCUCCCUCAGUUCCCUCCCUCAGUUCCCCCCUCAGUUCCUUCCUCAGUUCCUUCCCUCAGUUCCUUCCCUCAGUUCCCUUCCUCAGUUCCCUCCCUCAGUUCCCUCCCUCAGUUCCUCCCUCAGUUCCCUCCCUCAGUUCCCUCCCUCAGUUCCCUUCCUCAGUUCCCUCCCUCAGUUCCUUCUCUCAGUUCCUUCCCUCAGUUCCCUCCCUCAGUUCCUUCCCUCAGUUCCUUCCCUCAGUUCCCUCCCUCAGUUCCCUCCCUCAGUUCCCUCCCUCAGUUCCUUCCUUCAGUUCCCUCCCUCAGUUCCCUCCCUCAGUUCCUUCCUCAGUUCCCUCCCUCAGUUCCUCCCUCAGUUCCUUCCUCAGUUCCCUCCCUCAGUUUCUUCCUCAGUUCCUUCCCUCAGUUCCCUGCCUCAGUUCCUUCCCUCAGUUCCCUUCCUCAGUUCCCUCCCUCAGUUCCCUCCCUCAGUUCCCUUCCUCAGUUCCCUCCCUCAGUUCCUUCCCUCAGUUCCUUCCCUCAGUUCCCUCCCUCAGUUCCCUCCCUCAGUUCCCUCCCUCAGUUCCUUCCCUCAGUUCCUUCCCUCAGUUCCCUCCCUCAGUUCCCUCCCUCAGUUCCUCCCUCAGUUCCUUCCUCAGUUCCCUCCCUCAGUUCCCUCCCUCAGUUCCUCCCUCAGUUCCUUCCCUCAGUUCCCUCCCUCAGUUCCCUCCCUCAGUUCCUUCCCUCAGUUCCUUCCCUCAGUUCCCUCCCUCAGUUCCUCCCUCAGUUCCUUCCUCAGUUCCUUCCCUCAGUUCCUUCCCUCAGUUCCUUCCUCAGUUCCCUCCCUCAGUUUCUUCCUCAGUUCCUUCCCUCAGUUCCCUCCCUCAGUUCCUUCCCUCAGUUCCCUCCCUCAGUUCCCUCCCUCAGUUCCUCCCUCAGUUCCCUCCCUCAGUUCCCUCCCUCAGUUCCUUCCCUCAGUUCCCUCCCUCAGUUCCCUCCCUCAGUUCCUCCCUCAGUUCCUUCCUCAGUUCCCUCCCUCAGUUCCCUCCCUCAGUUCCUCCCUCAGUUCCUUCCCUCAGUUCCCUCCCUCAGUUCCCUCCCUCAGUUCCUUCCCUCAGUUCCUUCCCUCAGUUCCCUCCCUCAGUUCCUUCCCUCAGUUCCCUCCCUCAGUUCCCACCCUCAGUUCCCUCCCUCAGUUCCUUCCUUCAGUUCCCUCCCUCAGUUCCCUCCCUCAGUUCCUUCCUCAGUUCCCUCCCUCAGUUCCUCCCUCAGUUCCUUCCUCAGUUCCCUCCCUCAGUUUCUUCCUCAGUUCCUUCCCUCAGUUCCCUGCCUCAGUUCCCUCCCUCAGUUCCCUUCCUCAGUUCCCUUCCUCAGCUCCUCCCUCAGUUCCUCCCUCAGUUCCUCCCUCAGUUCCUUCCUCAGUUCCUUCCCUCAGUUCCCUCCCUCAGUUCCUCCCUCAGUUCCUUCCCUCAGUUCCUUUCCUCAGUUCCCUCCCUCAGUUCCCUCCCUCAGUUCCUCCCUCAGUUCCUUCCUCAGUUCCCUCCCUCAGUUCCUUCCUCAGUUCCUUCCCUCAGUUUCUCCCCCAGUUCCCUCCCUCCGUUCCCUCCCUCAGUUCCCUCCCUCAGUUCCUUCCCUCAGUUCCCUCCCUCAGUUCCCUCCCUCAGUUCCCUCCCUCAGUUCCUUCCUCAGUUCCCUCCCUCAGUUUCUUCCUCAGUUCCUUCCCUCAGUUCCCUCCCUCAGUUCCUUCCCUCAGUUCCCUCCCUCAGUUCCUUCCUCAGUUCCCUUCCUCAGUUCCCUUCCUCAGUUCCCUCCCUCAGCUCCUCCCUCAGUUCCUCCCUCAGUUCCUCCCUCAGUUCCUUCCUCAGUUCCUUCCCUCAGUUCCCUCCCUCAGUUCCUCCCUCAGUUCCUUCCCUCAGUUCCUUUCCUCCUCAGUUCCCUCAGUUCCCUCCCUCAGUUCCUCCCUCAGUUCCUUCCUCAUUUCCUCCCUCAGUUCCCUUUCCUCAGUUCCCUCCCUCAGUUUCCCUCCCUCAGUUCCUCCCUCAGUUCCUUCCUCAGUUCCCUCCUCAGUUCCUUCUCAGUUCCUUCCCUCAGUUUCUCCCUCAGUUCCCUCCCUCAGUUCCUUCCUCAGUUCCCUCCCUCAGUUCCCUCCCUCAGUUCCUUCCCUCAGUUCCUUCCCUCAGUUCCCUCCCUCAGUCCCUCCCUCAGUUCCCUCCCUCAGUUCCUUCCCUCAGUUCCUUCCUCAGUUCCCUCCCUCAGUUCCUCCCUCAGUUCCUUCCUCAGUUCCCUCCCUCAGCUCCUUCCUCAGUUCCUCCCUCAGUUCCUCCCUCAGUUCCUUCCUCAGUUCCUUCCCUCAGUUCCCUCCCUCAGUUCCCUCCCUCAGUUCCUUCCUCAGUUCCUUUCCUCAGUUCCCUCCCUCAGUUCCCUCCCUCAGUUCCUCCCUCAGUUCCUUCCUCAGUUCCCUCCCUCAGUUCCUUCCUCAGUUCCUUCCCUCAGUUUCUCCCCCAGUUCCCUCCCUCCGUUCCCUCCCUCAGUUCCCUCCCUCAGUUCCUUCCCUCAGUUCCCUCCCUCAGUUCCCUCCCUCAGUUCCCUCCCUCAGUUCCUUCCUCAGUUCCCUCCCUCAGUUUCUUCCUCAGUUCCUUCCCUCAGUUCCCUCCCUCAGUUCCUUCCCUCAGUUCCCUCCCUCAGUUCCCUCCCUCAGUUCCUUCCUCAGUUCCCUCCCUCAGUUCCCUCCCUCAGUUCCUUCCUCAGUUCCCUCCCUCAGUUCCUCCCUCAGUUUCUUCCUCAGUUCCUUCCCUCAGUUCCCUCCCUCAGUUCCUUCCCUCAGUUCCCUUCCUCAGUUCCCUCCCUCAGUUCCCUCCCUCAGUUCCCUCCCUCAGUUCCCUUCCUCAGUUCCCUCCCUCAGUUCCUUCCCUCAGUUCCUUCCCUCAGUUCCCUCCCUCAGUUCCUUCCCUCAGUUCCUUCCCUCAGUUCCCUCCCUCAGUUCCCUCCCUCAGUUCCCUCCCUCAGUUCCCUCCCUCAGUUCCCUCCCUCAGUUCCUUCCCUCAGUUCCCUCCCUCAGUUCCUUCCUCAGUUCCCUCCCUCAGUUCCCUCCCUCAGUUCCCCCCUCAGUUCCUUCCUCAGUUCCUUCCCUCAGUUCCUUCCCUCAGUUCCCUUCCUCAGUUCCCUCCCUCAGUUCCCUCCCUCAGUUCCUCCCUCAGUUCCCUCCCUCAGUUCCCUCCCUCAGUUCCCUUCCUCAGUUCCCUCCCUCAGUUCCUUCCCUCAGUUCCUUCCCUCAGUUCCCUCCCUCAGUUCCUUCCCUCAGUUCCUUCCCUCAGUUCCCUCCCUCAGUUCCCUCCCUCAGUUCCCUCCCUCAGUUCCUUCCUUCAGUUCCCUCCCUCAGUUCCCUCCCUCAGUUCCUUCCUCAGUUCCCUCCCUCAGUUCCUCCCUCAGUUCCUUCCUCAGUUCCCUCCCUCAGUUUCUUCCUCAGUUCCUUCCCUCAGUUCCCUCCCUCAGUUCCCUUCCUCAGUUCCCUCCCUCAGUUCCCUCCCUCAGUUCCCUUCCUCAGUUCCCUCCCUCAGUUCCUUCCCUCAGUUCCUUCCCUCAGUUCCCUCCCUCAGUUCCUUCCCUCAGUUCCUUCCCUCAGUUCCCUCCCUCAGUUCCCUCCCUCAGUUCCCUCCCUCAGUUCCUUCCCUCAGUUCCUUCCCUCAGUUCCCUCCCUCAGUUCCCUCCCUCAGUUCCUCCCUCAGUUCCUUCCUCAGUUCCCUCCCUCAGUUCCCUCCCUCAGUUCCUCCCUCAGUUCCUUCCCUCAGUUCCCUCCCUCAGUUCCCUCCCUCAGUUCCCUCCCUCAGUUCCUUCCCUCAGUUCCUUCCCUCAGUUCCCUCCCUCAGUUCCUCCCUCAGUUCCUUCCUCAGUUCCUUCCCUCAGUUCCUUCCCUCAGUUCCCUUCCUCAGUUCCCUCCCUCAGUUCCUUCCCUCAGUUCCUUCCCUCAGUUCCCUCCCUCAGUUCCUUCCCUCAGUUCCUUCCCUCAGUUCCCUCCCUCAGUUCCCUCCCUCAGUUCCCUCCCUCAGUUCUUUCCUUCAGUUCCCUCCCUCAGUUCCCUCCCUCAGUUCCUUCCUCAGUUCCCUCCCUCAGUUCCUCCCUCAGUUCCUUCCUCAGUUCCCUCCCUCAGUUUCUUCCUCAGUUCCUUCCCUCAGUUCCCUGCCUCAGUUCCUUCCCUCAGUUCCCUUCCUCAGUUCCCUCCCUCAGUUCCCUCCCUCAGUUCCCUUCCUCAGUUCCCUCCCUCAGUUCCUUCCCUCAGUUCCUUCCCUCAGUUCCCUCCCUCAGUUCCUUCCCUCAGUUCCUUCCCUCAGUUCCCUCCCUCAGUUCCCUCCCUCAGUUCCCUCCCUCAGUUCCUUCCCUCAGUUCCUUCCCUCAGUUCCCUCCCUCAGUUCCCUCCCUCAGUUCCUCCCUCAGUUCCUUCCUCAGUUCCCUCCCUCAGUUCCCUCCCUCAGUUCCUCCCUCAGUUCCUUCCCUCAGUUCCCUCCCUCAGUUCCCUCCCUCAGUUCCCUCCCUCAGUUCCUUCCCUCAGUUCCUUCCCUCAGUUCCCUCCCUCAGUUCCUCCCUCAGUUCCUUCCUCAGUUUCUUCCCUCAGUUCCUUCCCUCAGUUCCCUUCCUCAGUUCCCUCCCUCAGUUCCUCCCUCAGUUCCUUCCUCAGUUCCCUCCCUCAGUUCCUUCCCUCUCUACCUUCCCUCAGUUCCUUCCUCAGUUCCUUCCCUCAGUUCCUUCCCUCAGUUCCCUCCCUCAGUUCCUUCCCUCAGUUCCUUCCCUCAGUUCCCUCCGUCAGUUCCUCCCUCAGUUCCUUCCCUCAGUUCCUUCCCUCAGUUCCCUCCCUCAGUUCCCUCCCUCAGUUCCUCCCUCAGUUCCUUCCCUCAGUUCCCUCCCUCAGUUCCCUCCCUCAGUUCCCUCCCUCAGUUCCUUCCCUCAGUUCCCUCCCUCAGUUUCUUCCUCAGUUCCUUCCCUCAGUUCCCUCCCUCAGUUCCUUCCCUCAGUUCCCUCCCUCAGUUCCCUCCCUCAGUUCCUUCCUCAGUUCCCUCCCUCAGUUCCUCCCUCAGUUCCUUCCUCAGUUCCCUCCCUCAGUUUCUUCCUCAGUUCCUUCCCUCAGUUCCCUGCCUCAGUUCCCUCCCUCAGUUCCCUUCCUCAGUUCCCUCCCUCAGCUCCUCCCUCAGUUCCUCCCUCAGUUCCUCCCUCAGUUCCUUCCUCAGUUCCUUCCCUCAGUUCCCUCCCUCAGUUCCUCCCUCAGUUCCUUCCCUCAGUUCCUUUCCUCAGUUCCCUCCCUCAGUUCCCUCCCUCAGUUCCUCCCUCAGUUCCUUCCUCAGUUCCCUCCCUCAGUUCCUUCCUCAGUUCCUUCCCUCAGUUUCUCCCCCAGUUCCCUCCCUCCGUUCCCUCCCUCAGUUCCCUCCCUCAGUUCCUUCCCUCAGUUCCCUCCCUCAGUUCCCUCCCUCAGUUCCCUCCCUCAGUUCCUUCCUCAGUUCCCUCCCUCAGUUUCUUCCUCAGUUCCUUCCCUCAGUUCCCUCCCUCAGUUCCUUCCCUCAGUUCCCUCCCUCAGUUCCCUCCCUCAGUUCCUUCCUCAGUUCCCUCCCUCAGUUCCUCCCUCAGUUCCUUCCUCAGUUCCCUCCCUCAGUUUCUUCCUCAGUUCCUUCCCUCAGUUCCCUCCCUCAGUUCCUUCCCUCAGUUCCCUCCCUCAGUUCCCUCCCUCAGUUCCUUCCUCAGUUCCCUCCCUCAGUUCCUCCCUCAGUUCCUUCCUCAGUUCCCUCCCUCAGUUUCUUCCUCAGUUCCUUCCCUCAGUUCCCUCCCUCAGUUCCUUCCCUCAGUUCCCUUCCUCAGUUCCCUCCCUCAGUUCCCUCCCUCAGUUCCCUCCCUCAGUUCCCUUCCUCAGUUCCCUCCCUCAGUUCCUUCCCUCAGUUCCUUCCCUCAGUUCCCUCCCUCAGUUCCUUCCCUCAGUUCCUUCCCUCGGUUCCCUCCCUCAGUUCCCUCCCUCAGUUCCUUCCCUCAGUUCCCUCCCUCAGUUCCUUCCUCAGUUCCCUCCCUCAGUUCCCUCCCUCAGUUCCCCCCUCAGUUCCUUCCUCAGUUCCUUCCCUCAGUUCCUUCCCUCAGUUCCCUUCCUCAGUUCCCUCCCUCAGUUCCCUCCCUCAGUUCCUCCCUCAGUUCCCUCCCUCAGUUCCCUCCCUCAGUUCCCUUCCUCAGUUCCCUCCCUCAGUUCCUUCCCUCAGUUCCUUCCCUCAGUUCCCUCCCUCAGUUCCUUCCCUCAGUUCCUUCCCUCAGUUCCCUCCCUCAGUUCCCUCCCUCAGUUCCCUCCCUCAGUUCCUUCCCUCAGUUCCCUCCCUCAGUUCCCUCCCUCAGUUCCUUCCUCAGUUCCCUCCCUCAGUUCCUCCCUCAGUUCCUUCCUCAGUUCCCUCCCUCAGUUUCUUCCUCAGUUCCUUCCCUCAGUUCCCUGCCUCAGUUCCUUCCCUCAGUUCCCUUCCUCAGUUCCCUCCCUCAGUUCCCUCCCUCAGUUCCUCCCUCAGCUCCCUCCCUCAGUUCCCUCCCUCAGUUCCCUUCCUCAGUUCCCUCCCUCAGUUCCUUCCCUCAGUUCCUUCCCUCAGUUCCCACCCUCAGUUCCUUCCCUCAGUUCCUUCCCUCAGUUCCCUCCCUCAGUUCCCUCCCUCAGUUCCCUCCCUCAGUUCCUUCCCUCAGUUCCUUCCCUCAGUUCCCUCCCUCAGUUCCCUCCCUCAGUUCCUUCCUCAGUUCCCUCCCUCAGUUCCCUCCCUCAGUUCCUCCCUCAGUUCCUUCCCUCAGUUCCCUCCCUCAGUUCCCUCCCUCAGUUCCCUCCCUCAGUUCCUUCCCUCAGUUCCUUCCCUCAGUUCCCUCCCUCAGUUCCUCCCUCAGUUCCUUCCUCAGUUCCUUCCCUCAGUUCCUUCCCUCAGUUCCUUCCUCAGUUCCCUCCCUCAGUUCCUUCCCUCUCUACCUUCCCUCAGUUCCUUCCUCAGUUCCUUCCCUCAGUUCCUUCCCUCAGUUCCCUCCCUCAGUUCCUCGCUCAGUUCCUUCCCUCAUUUCCUUCCCUCAGUUCCCUCCGUCAGUUCCUCCCUCAGUUCCUUCCCUCAGUUCCUUCCCUCAGUUCCCUCCCUCAGUUCCCUCCCUCAGUUCCUCCCUCAGUUCCUUCCCUCAGUUCCCUCCCUCAGUUCCUCCCUCAGUUCCCUCCCUCAGUUCUUUCCCUCAGUUCCCUCCCUCAGUUUCUUCCUCAGUUCCUUCCCUCAGUUCCCUCCCUCAGUUCCUUCCCUCAGUUCCCUCCCUCAGUUCCCUCCCUCAGUUCCUUCCUCAGUUCCCUCCCUCAGUUCCUCCCUCAGUUCCUUCCUCAGUUCCCUCCCUCAGUUUCUUCCUCAGUUCCUUCCCUCAGUUCCCUGCCUCAGUUCCCUCCCUCAGUUCCCUUCCUCAGUUCCCUCCCUCAGCUCCUCCCUCAGUUCCUCCCUCAGUUCCUCCCUCAGUUCCUUCCUCAGUUCCUUCCCUCAGUUCCCUCCCUCAGUUCCUCCCUCAGUUCCUUCCCUCAGUUCCUUUCCUCAGUUCCCUCCCUCAGUUCCCUCCCUCAGUUCCUCCCUCAGUUCCUUCCCUCAGUUCCUUUCCUCAGUUCCCUCCCUCAGUUCCCUCCCUCAGUUCCUCCCUCAGUUCCUCCCUCAGUUCCUUCCUCAGUUCCCUCCCUCAGUUCCUCCCUCAGUUCCUUCCUCAGUUCCCUCCCUCCGUUCUCUCCCUCAGUUCCCUCCCUCAGUUCCUUCCCUCUGUUCCCUCCCUCAGUUCCCUCCCUCAGUUCCUUCCUCAGUUCCCUCUCAGUUUCUUCCUCAGUUCCUUCCCUCAGUUCCCUCCCUCAGUUCCUUCCCUCAGUUCCCUCCCUCAGUUCCCUCCCUCAGUUCCUUCCUCAGUUCCCUCCCUCAGUUCCUCCCUCAGUUCCUUCCUCAGUUCCCUCCCUCAGUUUCUUCCUCAGUUCCUUCCCUCAGUUCCCUCCCUCAGUUCCUUCCCUCAGUUCCCUUCCUCAGUUCCCUCCCUCAGUUCCCUCCCUCAGUUCCUUCCCUCAGUUCCUUCCCUCAUUUCCCUCCCUCAGUUCCUUCCCUCAGUUCCUUCCCUCAGUUCCCUCCCUCAGUUCCCUCCCUCAGUUCCCUCCCUCAGUUCCUUCCCUCAGUUCCUUCCCUCAGUUCCCUCCCUCAGUUCCUCCCUCAGUUCCUUCCUCAGUUCCCUCCCUCAGUUCCCUCCCUCAGUUCCUCCCUCAGUUCCUUCCCUCAGUUCCCUCCCUCAGUUCCCUCCCUCAGUUCUCUCCCUCAGUUCCUUCCCUCAGUUCCUUCCCUCAGUUCCCUCCCUCAGUUCCUCCCUCAGUUCCUUCCUCAGUUCCUUCCCUCAGUUCCUUCCCUCAGUUCCCUUCCUCAGUUCCCUCCCUCAGUUCCCUCCCUCUCUACCUUCCCUCAGUUCCUUCCUCAGUUCCUUCCCUCAGUUCCUUCCCUCUGUUCCCUCCCUCAGUUCCCUCCCUCAGUUCCUUCCUCAGUUCCCUCUCAGUUUCUUCCUCAGUUCCUUCCCUCAGUUCCCUCCCUCAGUUCCUUCCCUCAGUUCCCUCCCUCAGUUCCCUCCCUCAGUUCCUUCCUCAGUUCCCUCCCUCAGUUCCUCCCUCAGUUCCUUCCUCAGUUCCCUCCCUCAGUUUCUUCCUCAGUUCCUUCCCUCAGUUCCCUCCCUCAGUUCCUUCCCUCAGUUCCCUUCCUCAGUUCCCUCCCUCAGUUCCCUCCCUCAGUUCCUUCCCUCAGUUCCUUCCCUCAUUUCCCUCCCUCAGUUCCUUCCCUCAGUUCCUUCCCUCAGUUCCCUCCCUCAGUUCCCUCCCUCAGUUCCCUCCCUCAGUUCCUUCCCUCAGUUCCUUCCCUCAGUUCCCUCCCUCAGUUCCUCCCUCAGUUCCUUCCUCAGUUCCCUCCCUCAGUUCCCUCCCUCAGUUCCUCCCUCAGUUCCUUCCCUCAGUUCCCUCCCUCAGUUCCCUCCCUCAGUUCUCUCCCUCAGUUCCUUCCCUCAGUUCCUUCCCUCAGUUCCCUCCCUCAGUUCCUCCCUCAGUUCCUUCCUCAGUUCCUUCCCUCAGUUCCUCCCUCAGUUCCUUCCUCAGUUCCCUCCCUCAGUUCCCUCCCUCUCUACCUUCCCUCAGUUCCUUCCUCAGUUCCUUCCCUCAGUUCCUUCCCUCAGUUCCCUCCCUCAGUUCCUCCCUCAGUUCCUUCCCUCAGUUCCUUCCCUCAGUUCCCUCCGUCAGUUCCUCCCUCAGUUCCUUCCCUCAGUUCCUUCCCUCAGUUCCCUCCCUCAGUUCCCUCCCUCAGUUCCUCCCUCAGUUCCUUCCCUCAGUUCCCUCCCUCAGUUCCCUCCCUCAGUUCCCUCCCUCAGUUCCUUCCCUCAGUUCCCUCCCUCAGUUCCUUCCUCAGUUCCCUCCCUCAGUUCCUCCCUCAGUUCCUUCCUCAGUUCCCUCCCUCAGUUCCUCCCUCAGUUCCUUCCUCAGUUCCCUCCCUCAGUUCCUCCCUCAGUUCCUUCCUCAGUUCCCUCCCUCAGUUCCUCCCUCAGUUCCUUCCCUCAGUUCCCUCCCUCAGUUCCUUCCUCAGUUCCCUUCCUCAGUUCCCUCCCUCAGUUCCUCCCUCAGUUCCUUCCUCAGUUCCUUCCCUCAGUUUCUUUUCUUCCCUCAGUUCCCUCCCUCAGUUCCCUCCCUCAGUUCCUCCCUCAGUUCCUUCCUCAGUUCCCUCCCUCAGUUCCUUCCUCAGUUCCUUCCCUCAGUUUCUCCCUCAGUUCCCUCCCUCAGUUCCCUCCCUCAGUUCCCUCCCUCAGUUCCCUCCCUCAGUUCCCUCCCUCAGUUCCCUCCUCAGUUCCCUCCCUCAGUUCCUCCCUCAGUUCCUUCCUCAGUUCCCUCCCUCAGUUUCUUCCUCAGUUCCUUCCCUCAGUUUCCUCCCUCAGUUCCUUCCCUCAUUUCCCUCCCUCAGUUCCCUCCCUCAGUUCCUCCCUCAGUUCCUUCCUCAGUUCUCUCCCUCAGUUCCUUCCCUCAGUUCCCUCCCUCAUUCCCUCCCUCAGUUCCUUCCCUCAGUUCCCUCCCUCAGUUCCUUCCCUCGGUCUCUUCUCGCCCCCCAUUGUAUCCCCCCUCUGUCUCCUCUGAUUCCUCCCUCUCUUUCCUACCUCUGUCACCUCUCUCUCUGUUUUCCUACCUCUGUCACCUCUCUCUCUAUUCUCCUACCUCUGUAUUCUCCCUCUGUCACCUCUCUCUCUGUUUUCCUCCCUCUGUCACCUCUCUCUCUGUUUUCCUCCCUCUGUCACCUCUCUCUCUGUUUUCCUACCUCUGUCACCUCUCUCUCUUUUUUCCUACCUCUGUCACCUCUCUCUCUGUUUUCCUCCCUCUGUCACCUCUCGCUCUGUUUUCCUACCUCUGUCACCUCUCUCUCUGUUUUCCUACCUCUGUCACCUCUCGCUCUGUUUUCCUACCUCUGUCACCUCUCGCUCUGUUUUCCUCCCUCUGUCACCUCUCGCUCUGUUUUCCUACCUCUGUCACCUCUCGCUCUGUUUUCCUCCCUCUGUCACCUCUCUCCGUUCUCCUCCCUCUGUAUCCUCCCUCUGGCCCAUGACGGCAAGAUCCUGGUUGGGGGCACAUGA